CAUAAUUUUCUUACACCCACAACACAUUACUCAUUCCAUACCACAUAGUAUCUCCCAUGGCCGCCAAUUCCCAUUAUUUCACCCUGGUUUUUGCAGCCCUUUUCCUUGUGGUAGCAUGGGCGUCUCAAGCCACUGCCCGUACCCUCGAAGAACCUUCCAUUCUCGAGCACCAUGGAAGGUGGAUGGCUCGCCAUGGACGUUCAUACAAAUAUCAUCAUGUCAAGAAGGCAAAGCGGUUCAAGUUUCUCGAGACUUUCAAUAAUGUCAGUUCGACUAAAGUUCGUAACCCUUUUGACCCGUUGAACAACGCUGCUGCUGGCGGUGAGACUACAGAUCCUGAAGAAGAAGAAGAAGAAGAAAACUGCGAUGAAAAUGGAAAACGGCUUUGGGUGCCGUUUCUGAUAUCGGGGGUGCUGUUUGUGCUGCUGCAACCGGGUCUGAUUGUCCAGAUUCCGGGAGAAAAACGGUUUAUUGAGUUCAGAACCAUGAAGACCAGUGGCAGGGCUAUAUUGGUUCACACUUUGAUAUUCAUCUUUAUCUGUGUUAUUAUCAUCUUGAUCUUUCGUGAUCGCUUCUGAUCUAUUUAUAUGCAUGAUUAUCCUAGUACUUGGGUUCUUCUAAUUAAUCUGUAAUCAUAUUUCCAGUAUUUUUA